UCAGGUGUGUACUGUUCUCUCUCCGAGGCGGAGUCAGCCUUCAGGUGUGUUCGUAUUGGCCCUAGGCGACACUAUUCCGCUCCUUCGAGACGGAUUUUAAGAAAUGCUAAACUGAAAAGUGAUCAGGAAAUCGAUUAUUGAGCCCCAUCGCCGGACUCCGCGGAUUAUUUUGAGGGGGGCGGUGACAAACCUGAGCACACGUGAGGACUAAACGUACGGCGGAGACGGUUUACUGUUACUCUUCAGUCGUGACCACAGUUUAUUUUCACACGUAGAAGGUCUGUAUUCCUGCUGGAGGAGUGUUAUUGCUGUGGAACAUGAGGAAAUCAUCAACUUCAGGUAUUACCCGGUCCACCAACAGCAGGGUGCGGAGGCUGGAGAGAGGAGAUUCUGCUGGUGCUGCUGGAGCUGCACUGAAAAGGUCGUUUGAAGUGGAGGAGGUCGACUCGCCCACAAAUCCGUCGCCUCUUUCACGCAGGACAGCCAAUCCGCUGCGCUCUUCCACUGGCUCUGCCUCCAGCCGCUUCCACGACCUGGGCUCUCGCAACUCCGACUACGCCUCCAGACAUGGCUCCGAAGCCUUGUCCAGUGGUCAGCGCUCACCAAAGAGCAGCCUGCGGCGUACGGAACUCACCGGAGCCCGUCUUCAAGAGGCUGCCUCACGCAGGACGGAGAUCUCCAUCGAUAUUUCCUCCAAACAGGUGGACAGCUCGCCCAGCCCAGGCAUCGCGCGCUUCGGCCUGAAGCGGCCCGAGGUGUCUCUGCAGAGCCGGACUCCAGAGCUGGCGGCCCACAGGAGAACGGAGGUCACUCUGGGUCGAUCUCAGGAUGCUCCGGCCUCGCUGCGGAGAGUGGAUGGGCCUGCUCCGGCCUCCAGGAUCCCCGAACCUGCCCAGAGGAAAACUGAGCCCCCCAGCCCAGUGGACACCUCGCCCAUGACCCGACGACCUGAAAACCUCGCUGCCAGACAGACAGAGACACCCUCUCCAGCCAGAGAGUCUGAGAACAGCAUCAUCUCAGCCGCCAGUGUGACCCCUAGUUUCACUGAGUAUAAAGCACCUCUGCCAACGCAGGAGAACACCAGCAGGGCCCCUGAGAGGUCCGAGUUUAUUUCCAGCUACAGCAGCAGCAGCAGCAGCAGCAGCAGCAGUAUGGCGGAGCCAGUAAUUUCAGAAAUGCCCCCGACUGCAUGCCCAGAGAAGCCCAGUGUGGACUUCAGCUAUGUGGGCAUUGAUGCCAUCCUGGAGCAGAUGAGGAGAAAGGCCAUGAAGCAAGGCUUCGAACUCAACAUCAUGGUAGUGGGACAAAGCGGUUUGGGGAAGUCUACGCUGAUGAACACACUCUUCAAGUCCAAAGUGAGCCGAAAGUCAGUGAUGGGCACAGCUGAAGAACGCAUCCCCAAAACCAUCGAGAUCAAAUCCAUCAGCCAUGAUAUUGAAGAGAAAGGAGUGAGGAUGAAGUUGACUGUGAUAGACACACCAGGCUUCGGAGAUCAGAUCAACAAUGAGAACUGCUGGCAGCCCAUAAUGAAGUUCAUAAAUGACCAGUAUGAGCAGUACCUGCAGGAGGAGAUCAACAUCGAGAGGAAGAAGAGAAUCCCGGACUCGCGUGUUCACUGCUGCAUUUACUUCAUCCCCCCAACAGGACAUUGUCUGAGGCCGUUGGAUGUGGAAUUUAUGAGGCGUCUCAGUAAAGUGGUCAACAUCGUCCCGGUCAUCGCGAAGGCGGACACACUGACCCUGGAGGAGAGAGACUUCUUCAAGAAGAAGAUCAGGGAAGAGCUGCGGGCCAACAGCAUCGACGUUUAUCCUCAGAAGGAGUUUGAUGAGGACGCAGAGGACAGACUGAUCAAUGAGAAAAUACGAGAGAUGAUUCCAUUUGCCGUUGUCGGGAGCGAUCAGGAGUACCAGGUGAACGGGAGGAGGCUGUUGGGAAGGAAAACCAAAUGGGGAACCAUAGAAGUUGAGAAUAUCGCUCACUGUGAGUUUGCCUACCUGCGGGACCUCCUUAUCAGAACCCACAUGCAGAACAUUAAGGACAUCACCAGCAGCAUCCAUUAUGAAAUGUACCGCGUCCGCCGCCUGAACGAGAACAACCUGCAGGCCAACGGAUUAGCCGAACACCACCCGGCCUCUCACGAGAUGUAGAGCCUUCAUCUCGCUCUCUUUCUCUCCCUCUCUCUCUUUUCCCUCAUCCCUCUGUCCACUCCUCCACCUGCACUCCAGCUGCUCCAUUCCGCCCCGUCUGUCAGCCGCAGCAGGGCCAGCCCGCUGACCACGGACUCAGCUUUGACCAUUUCAUGUCUGAGGAGCCUUUAAUAGCUGUAUUUACUGCAGACUCCAGCUCACUGUCCUGCAUGGACCAGACUAAAAGCCACACAGGCUCCGCUGCCUCUCUGAGUAUAUCCGCAUUUCCUGCAUGCCAGUUCAGCUCUGUAGACUUAGUCUUAGUCUUCGGUACAAUCCUCCUCUCCAGGCUCCGCCCACAAACACGCUCUUUAGUAGCCACUGUUAAGAGGUUUGAUGGGCUUUACAGAAUGCUGGGAAAAUCUUAUUUAACCUAAAGAGAAACUGUACCACACAACUCAGUCUGUAAAUAACCAGUUUAUCUAUGCCUGUUUAGAGCUGCUUUAGACGUUGUUUCUCUGUUUAUAACAAUAAUAAUAAUAAUAAAAAUAGUAAUAAUAAUAUAAUUUUAUUUACAAGUGCCUUUUAAGGUACCUAAGGACAAGUGGGAACCGAGACUUAAUUAACCACUACACCUACAGAAUAAAUAUCAUUUGAAAAUUAAAGGAGAAUUCCACCAAUUUUUUCAAAAUUUUCAAAAACCAGUGAUUGAGAUAUAGCAUUUAUUUUACUCGGCACAGACCACUCCACCAUGAUUAUGAUUUUUAAAAUAUGUUUUAGGCCAAGAUAUUAGCGCUAAACUAUCAUAACUCAGUGUGUCAGACAUCAGGCAGUGUAUUCCUAACCAUUUCAUGUAAUAACUUUGUGAUGGAGCUUUUAGAGGCAUUAAUUCCUUUGACUGGUUUGUAUCACCACAUCUGUCGGUACAUUUCCGUUGAGCUGAAUUCACCGUAAAAACAAAAACUGAGCUGUGUGCUACGUUUCCUUUCUCUGAACUUUGUCCAACCUGGUAGCAGUUGCUUCAGAAAACGUGUGGGCGGAGCAUAGAGGUUAAUUAAACGGCGAAGUGGAGUUUAGAAACUAUAGGGCCUCUUUUGAGACCAAGCAAAGCAGUGCUAUAAAGAAUUGUCACUUUUUACCCUGCGCUCUAAAAACAAAUCUUUUAUUUUUUUCUGUUCUUCGAAUCGCCCACCAGCAGGACUCUGAAAAAUGCCUCCAGGAACCAUUUUACAGUGCUCCGCUUGGAGAAGCCCAGUCUGCCUUUAAGCGUGAUCGGCUGUUGAGACAUUAAUGGUUCCUAAAAGAGCUCCAGUUUCAAAAGAAACCCCCAAAUUCAUUCACAGAUAUUUUUUUUAGAGUGUUAGUGUUUAUCGUAACAUCCCAUAGCUUCCCUGCCUGAUCACCUGAUGGCUGUCUCUCCUCUGUGUGAAAGUGCAGUGAGGCGCCAGAUCCUCAGUGUCCAUCCGACACUAAUCCCACCUGCACCACUGCACUCUGACAGUGUCAGGUUUGCGGAAGAGGCCACAGUGCGGGUGCUUUUGGAUCUGCGUCUGUGGGGUCUUUUUGCCUGCUUUAUCAAACACCAUAAUUAAGGAUGAGUAAAAGCUCAUUAAUAAUAACAUUACCUUUUAUUCACUGAUAUGUUAAUUAGCAUCCUUUGGUUAAACUGUGCCUGAACUGCAUCACCUUUGUGCCAAAAUGAGCUCAUUCUGGAAUGCCAAUAAUUCCCUGUCCAGUUCCGAAAUGCUUGUAUUUGCCUGAUGCCCCGUUGGAGGGUUGCAUUUUAUUGCUUUUAUUUUUAAAUGCUUGCGUUUGAGUUUAUGGGAAAGCUCCUGAUUCCUUGCUUUCACUCUGCUAUGUACAUACAUAUAAACCCAAUCAGACCUGAAGCCACGAUUUGAGGAUUUGUAUAGGACUGUGAAGAGAUCCAAGAUGGAUAGAUUGCACAGUAAAGCUUAAGUUUUUAUGCCCGUAACCCGAAACUUAUUUCCGAUCCAAAGAAAUUCCUGAAACGUUCCUCUCAUUGUGAGUUUUUCGGAGAAUGUGGGCUCGAGCUGUGAAGUGCGUGGUGGAGUAUUUUAGCUGAUGAUAAAGAAUGUGCUACAAUCUUUUUAAAUACGGCUGUGCGCUCGUGGUACUGUUAGAUUAGACCCUUCACAGCGUAGCUGUCAUAUCAAAACCUCUUUUUUCUGUUUUGUUUUUCUUGCAAGAUUUUUUUUUUCCUUUUUUCACAGUUGGCGCUUGGCAAUGUAUGAACAGAACUGCCUAAUAAAAUCUGGUGACACUGACACACAUUAAUGUAUCAUACUGUUAGAUUAACGCUAAAGUUGUCCUAUGAAAACCUUGUUCUACCCAGUUAAAACAGCUGCACCUUCAUGAUGAAUGAACCAAUAAAAACAGUCCAAAGUUACUUUGCAUUCACUAGCAUUAAAAGCUAAGAACACUUUUUCCUGUUCCUGUAAAAGUCCGAGGUUUUGUUACGACAGCGAUCUGCCUAAGAAUGAUUUGAAAUCAGUAUUUUCACUUUUUUCCAGCUAUCCAGAUUUCUGUAUGUGUUUAUAAUCACUGCGAUGUGAGCGCUGCCACAGUGCCUUAAUGCGUCUCCUCAUGCGCUUCCUUUUAAAAAGCCAUAAUUGACGAGCAUCAAUACGCACGAGGAUGGAUAUUAAGGCCUUACCCGAACCUUUCAAGUGCUUUUAAUUGGAAAAAUAUUCGUUUCGUCCUGUGCUGUAUAUUCAUAGUGAUUGUUUUUGUUUGUUUUUUUUUCUACCGGUAACACAAAUAUCUUUGAUAUGUUAUUUUAAAGAAAUAAAGAUAUUAAAUAUUGA